ACCGUUAGAAACCAAGGUUGUUUCAAAAUGGCGAACGUAGGCGACAAGCAAAGAAGAAUACCAAUAACUAAUAAACUUGGUAAAACGCUGUUUACAAACAGUGAGCCUAGGAUUCCAGAGUAUUCAAGAUCACAUCCAAUUAUUCCAAAGCUGUAUGUACAAGACUGGAAAAAGGACAUGGCUAAUAGAGAUUUAAUCACUAAGAAUGCAUACCUUGGAGGCAUCCCAAAUUAUGAACAUGAUGAAAACCUUUUUCUAGAAAAGAGAGAACAAACGCACUAUAAUGUUGAAGAAUGGAACAGGGUUCAAGAAAAAUUAACCAUUCCACCUCGAAGUGAACUACUACGUCCCGAUUUUCAUCAUGAAACAUCAAAAUACCAGAGUGAACUUAUGUUCAGAAGAGAUUCAAGCGCAAUUUGAGAUAAAUUGCUACUGUAUUGAAAAUGUUUCUAAUUUAAAACUAGUAUAAAUGUCAGCACCAACACAACUUUGAUAUUGUUUUUAAAUUUUAUUUAAACCAAGAUAUUGGUUUUUAUAUAUACAACAAUUUCAUAUAUCAUUUGUGUUUUUAUUUUUUUUUAUACAUGAUGAACCUUUACAAUUCAAUUUUAGUUGUAAAAACAUGUUUAUACACCAUCAGUAUUAAAGUGCAUUGAAAAACAUUU